GGUUACUGCUACACUCUCACUGUACAUAGCAGUGAUCAUUAAUGCAUCUUAUUCUUUUUUUUUUGGAUAAGAUGGCUGCUCUGGGGACUUUUUGAAAGCCGACUCUUGUUCGCAGACUCAGCUUUACAUAACUCCACAGAGGCAAGAGGAGAGGAGGGGAAGGGUGCAGUCCACUGAUAUGACUGUUGAACGACCACAACAGGUCAUGUCCAGCACAAUCCCCAUACUCCUGACAGGGCUCUGCUUCCUGCUGCUCACACCCAGUUGUUGCAGCGGCAGCAGGAUUCUGGUGGUGCCCGUUGAUGGCAGCCACUGGAUCAACAUGGAGGUGAUCCUCCGAGAGCUGCACUCCAGAGGCCACGAAAUCACCGUGCUGCGCUCGGCCAAGAGCUGGUACGUUCCCAGUCAGUCUCCCAUUUAUACCUCUAUUAACGUGACCAUGCUGGAGGACGAGUCGGACAAGGACUACUACAAUAAAAUGCUACAAAACGUGAUGGAGUGCCGCAAGUCGCUGAAUUUCUUACGCAGCUUCUGCCAACGGCGCUUACUCACAUCCAUGUUGGCAAAGGGCCACAAGAUCCUCGCCAGAGCAGCUGCUACAAUGUUGGAUGACCCUGUUUUCAUGAAGAAGCUGAAGGAUGCCAAGUUUGACCUAAUGUUAACAGACCCUGGCCUGACUAUAGGAGUCCUUUUGGGUAGUUACCUCAAGCUGCCCAUGGUUUUCAACGUGCGCUGGAUUAAUACUGGGGAAAGCCAUUUCACCAUAGCUCCCUCUCCUGUCUCUUAUAUCCCCGUGCAAGGAACUGAACUUCAGGAUCGGAUGGAUUUUCCGGAGAGGACCAAGAAUGUGUUGCAUUAUCUCUUCAGUCUUGUCGAGCAGCAUUUUAUCAUCAACGCCGCCUACUCGGAUCUGCUCCAGCGCCACUUCCCUCCUGGAACGGACUUGCUGUCUUUGGAGUAUGCAGCUGAUAUCUGGCUAGUGAGGGCGGACUUUGUCUUCGAGUUCCCGCGGCCCACCAUGCCCAAUGUGGUCUACAUAGGGGGGUUCCAGUGCAAGGAGGCCAGACCCCUCCCUGCUGAGCUGGAGGCCUUCAUGCAGAGCUCUGGGGAGCACGGCGUGGUGGUCAUGUCCCUGGGGACGUUCGUGUCAGCCCUGCCUCCUGAUGUCACGGAGGCCAUCGCCGCUGCUUUUGCAGAACUCCCUCAGAAGGUGGUGUGGAGAUUUGUGGGGGAAAAGCCGUCGUCCCUGGGGAACAACACUCUGCUGGUAAAAUGGCUGCCUCAGAACGAUAUCCUGGGACACCCCAAGACUCGUGCCUUUGUGGCCCACGGAGGCACCAACGGGAUGUAUGAGUCUAUCUACCACGGUGUUCCCGUUGUGGGCCUGCCGCUCCUCUUUGACCAGUUUGACAACCUGCACCGGCUGAAGGUGCGCGGGGCAGCACAGACGGUGGAGGUGAAUUCAGUCACCAAGGAAGACUUCCUCGAGGCUCUAAAGGACAUCCUGGACACUCCCUCAUACCGAAGCAACAUUCAGCGUCUCUCCAAGCUACAUCACGACCGGCCGAUGUCUCCGAUGGACACCGCCAUUUUUUGGAUUGAGUACGUCAUCAGGAACAAAGGAGCAGCUCAUCUGCAGGCGGCAGGUUUCAGUCUGCCUUGGUACUCCUACUUCUGCCUGGAUGUGGCUCUUUUAAUCACGGCCGUCAUCGGAGCCUUUGUCUGGGUUUCAGUCUUAGUCUGUCAGAUUCUCUGCUGCCGGAGGUUCAGGAGAAAGAUGAAAGCAGAGUGACGGAUUCAAACAUAACCACCAAGUGUUUUUCAGUUCAAUAAAUCAUUACCACUCAAGCAUCCAUAUGAGUUAAAGAGCAGCUGAGACUUAUUUACAGUUUACACACAUUUCUGCCUCAUGCUUUAAACUUUUCAGAAAACAAAAAUCUGAAACUGUAAAUUAGUGCAAAAUGUUUAUUUUAGACGCAAGCACUAAUAGAAAUGUUUUUACCAAAGAUGUUGGAGGAAAAACCCCAAUUCCAAUUCCAAUCCAAUUCUGCUCAAACCCUCUGUUUUCAAGCUUCCCAGUCAUAAACACUAUUUUUCAAAGCUAGUUUCCAUAGUUGUAGUUCUGUUUGGAUUGGAAACAUGUCAAACUUUAAUAAAGCAAAGGACUUCUUCCUCCUGACAAUA